GGUAUUACUCGUUCGUCGAAAGUGAGUCGUAUAAUGUGUAUACAUGCAUACAUUUCGAGAGUGUGUAUAAUACGAAACAAGUUGUCGUUUUGUGACGUUAAUAAAUGCAUGCGUGUUGAUUGUAAUUAGUCGCAUUAUCGACAGUUUGUAUCCGCACGAGCAAAUAUUAUAUAUUUUUUGAAAGUGAUGAUGGGAGUAUAAAUUAGCGAAGACCGCAGCGUACUGAUUACUGAUAGCGUGCAGCAGAAUGCAUAACCUUUACGCUCCAUUUUGUUCUUAAACAAGAGGUCUCAAGAGUUAAUUGCAAAAGUUCUUUACUGCAGUAAAUUAAAACAUGAUUCGUUUUGCAGCCAAACAGUUAUUUAUCAACAGAAAUUUUAGCACGAAAUUUAAUGAAAUCAGCAAUCUUGUUAAGAAAAAUAAAAUAGUCGUCUUUAUGAAAGGCAUUCCAGAAGAGCCAAGAUGUGGAUUCAGCAAUGCAGUAGUUCAAGUAUUACGUAUGCACGGAGUUACUUAUGAUGCUCAUGAUGUUCUCAAGGAUGAAGAACUUAGACAAGGUAUAAAAGACUUUUCUAAUUGGCCUACAAUACCCCAAGUAUUUAUAAAUGGUGAUUUUGUGGGUGGCUGCGACAUACUCUUAGAAAUGCAUAAAAAUGGAGAGCUUAUUGAGGAAUUGAAGAAAGCUGGAAUUACUAGUGCUCUUUUGGAAAAAGAAGAAUCCUCUCAAAGUGGUGUCAACAAAACUAAAGAAUAAUUUUGUUUUAAAUUAUCCUGUAAAUAAACAACCGUGUCUUGUAUGGAUAGAAAGAUAGUCACUUUUUGUUAUAAUAAACAUUUUU